AUGCGCUUCCUUUUGAUACUGAGCGUGGCUUCAAUAGCCCUGGCGUCACCGCUUGCUGCCUCGCACUUGGCUCCUAGAGAAGAAGUCUUUCCUCGGUGUGCUGCCGACUGUAAAAAUCAAGUCCUCGCAGGCUCUCUGACACAAUGCUCGAAGGACGACCUAACCUGCCUCUGUGCAGACAAGGUAUUCCAGGGAGAAGUUGCCAAAUGCACAACGGCACAUUGCACAUCAAGUGAAGCGCUGACGGCGCAAUACCUCAGCUCUAGGGCCUGCAACAUUCCUAUCAAGCCGCGAUACGCUGAAGUAGACGCUGGCACACUCGUUCCAUUCCUAGCUGCCACCGUGUUUUUCUCGAUCAGGAUGGCUACCAAAAUUAUGCACCUAGGUGGCAACUGGGGUCUUGAUGAUUAUACGAUAAUGGUAGCAUAUGUCUUCUAUGCAUACGUCUUAGCCUAUAAAGCCCUGAUAUCCCUUGCUAAAAUAUCCGUCGGUCUAUUCCUGCUACGAAUUUUCCAGUCGACUACGUUCCGUUACGCUACGUAUGUCAUCAUAGGGAUCAACACAGCUAUCGCAAUCACAUGGAUACUGGUUGACGCCUUCCACUGCGUUCCUAUCCACCUAUCCUGGACGGCAUGGAAAAUGGAGGAGACCGGACGUUGCAUUAACUUCAUGACUGCGACGUAUAUCAACGGCUUUGUCAAUAUUACGGUAGACGCCAUUAUGGUGUCUAUGCCUGUAUAUGAGGUUGUGAAGUUGAAGUUGUCUCACCGCAAAAAAGUAGGGGUCGCAUUGAUGUUUGGAAUGGGCCUACUGGUAACGACUAUCGGAAUCGUGCGAGUGAUCGUUUUGUUCCAGCACGACCCGAGCAAAAAUCCUACCUAUGAGAUGGCGCCUCUGAACUACUGGUCUAUGAUUGAAUGCCAGAUAGCCGUUGUUUGUGCCUGUUUACCUGCCACUCGAGCGCUACUCAUACACUACGCUCCCGAAUUACUCGGCCAAGCCACCGAGACAGUAUCCCGAAAACGCUUGCAUACUUCGGAUGCAUCUACGUCCAAGGGAGGAUUCACCUCUAAUUCGGAGACACUGGUGCAGUCAAGAGACGACUACAUCUCUAAAACGGUCACUUAUUCCGUGAAUUCAACGGUAAAGUCCUAUGAGGGUCCUGCUGAGUCUUGCAUAAACCUGGUCCAGAUUGACAGGAGGCGAAUGGCUGAAACAAGCAUUCAACGCCCCAAACCCUAG